AUGGGACGCACUAAGGAACAGGCAGCGGCUAAUUUCAUGGCUUUUCAACGUACCAUCCCUAGCUCAGAUAUUGUAAUCUUUUCAGAUGGAUCUAGGCUAGCAGACGGACGUGCAGGGGGAUCUUCCCAAGAAAUCUUUGAAUUCUUCUGCACCCUUGCAGUCGCCUGGCCACUUCGCAAAAGGCUUCCUCACACCAAAAGCGGAUCUAUCCAAAUCCGAUGGGUCCCUGGACACGCUAAAAUCCCUGAGAACGAAGCAGCUGAUCUCGCUACUAAAGAGGGAGCUACCUUAAUCCCUCCUGCUCCUCACAAAUCCUCAUACGCCUCACUAAAGAGAUACGCCAAGACUCAAUCCCUAUCUGCUGCUCAGUCACAAUGGGAGAAGGUAGCACCACAGAGCUAUCAAGAUCUAGAAAUAACCACUUCCCCUAAGCGCCCUGGGGAGCUUCAACUCAACCGACUUGACCUCGGCCAUGUUAUUGCAGCCCAUACUGGUUAUGGAGACUUUACAGACUACCAUAAAUACUUCAACUAUGAUGAUGCUUAUCUUCUCUGCCAAUGCAGAGCAUGA